UCUAGCACUUGUCCUCACAUUGUGCGCGCACGCUUUCUUUAAGGCUAGACUACACACACGCACACACGCAGAAAUCUUUUUCAUCUGUUAUCUCGAGAAGACAAAAAGAAUUAGACCGGUUCCUAUAAACACUCUUAUUUCUCUUACUUAGACAGCAGUUGUAGUCGAUUUAAACAUGACUGAAAAUAAAAGCGAGAUUAACGGGCACGCUGUGUCGGAAACCGUUAUUCCAGUCGUCCCCGUAAAAUCAGAGAAGAGGGAUUGCAAAGAUAAGUUCAAGUCCUUUUUACGCAGAAAUCUUGUAGUGAUUUUGACCGUGUCCGGGGUGCUCGUGGGCGUCGGGCUCGGCAUAGCGGUGCGUAAAAUGAACCUGAGUCGAGCGCAGAUGACUUAUUUCGCGUUUCCCGGUGAGAUGCUGCUGAGGAUGCUGAAGAUGAUCAUCCUGCCUCUCGUGGUCUGCAGCCUGAUCUCGGGCGCUGCCAGCCUGGACACUCGCUCUCUGGGAAAACUUGGAGGGAUCGCAGUGUCCUACUUUUUGGUCACCACGCUCAUUGCCUCGUCCAUUGGAGUCGCCUUGGCUUUCCUCAUCAAGCCCGGGGUCGGCGCUGGAGCGCUCAACACCAACAGCCUGGCGCUGGAAAGCGUGAGCAACAACAAGGAGACCGCCGACUCUUUCUUAGAUCUAGCAAGAAACUUGUUUCCAUCUAACCUGGUUGCUGCUGCUUUUCGCUCAUAUGCUACAGACUAUAAGAUGAUUCCAGUGGGAAACAUAACAAAUGGGACCAUACUCUACCAAAAGGUGCCAGUGGGAACAGAAGCAGAUGGGAUGAACAUUCUUGGCCUGGUUCUGUUUGCCAUGGUGUUUGGAGUGGCCUUGAGAAAGCUGGGAGCUGAAGGGGAGGAGCUCAUACGUUUCUUUAAUGCCUUUAAUGAAGCCACGAUGGUACUGGUCUCUUGGAUCAUGUGGUAUGUACCAGUUGGCAUCAUGUUCCUGGUAGGAAGUAAGAUUGUGGAGAUGGAGGAUGUGGUUCUGCUUGUCACCAGUUUAGGAAAAUACAUCUUUGCCUCAAUCUUGGGUCACAUUAUUCAUGGUGGCAUUAUCUUACCUCUUAUCUACUUUGGGCUCACCCGCAAAAACCCUUUCAGCUUCCUUUCUGGCCUGAUCACACCUUUCACCACAGCCUUCGCUACCUGUUCCAGCUCAGCAACACUGCCCUCGAUGAUUAAAUGUGUUGAGGAAAACAAUGGUGUGGACAAAAGGAUCAGCCGUUUCAUCCUGCCGAUCGGAGCUACUGUAAACAUGGAUGGCGCCGCUAUCUUCCAGUGCAUCGCUGCCGUAUUCAUUGCCCAACUCAACAAUGUCGAGCUCAACGCAGGCCAAAUCUUCACUAUUCUCGUGACAGCUACAGCAUCCAGUGUUGGAGCGGCAGGUAUUCCAGCUGGAGGAAUCAUCACCAUUGCAAUCAUUUUGGAAGCGAUUGGCCUGCCUACCAAUGAUCUGUCACUUAUGCUGGCUGUGGACUGGAUUGUGGACCGUACCACCACUGUGGUAAAUGUGGAAGGUGAUGCUCUGGGCGCUGGGAUCUUGCACCAUAUAAAUGAACAGGAGAUGAAAAAGCAAAAACAUUGUGACAGCCAGGAGGAAGAGGAAGAGCUGAAGGAGAUUAAAGUGGAAGCCGUGGCCAACGUCCAGGCUGAAGAAGAGACCUCGCCUCUUGUCACACACCAAAAGCUGGCCGAUGACUGCUCGUAUAACUCCGCUCAUGAAAAGGAUGGCAUGGAGUCUGUUUUCUAAACCUACUUUCUUCUAAUCACUGAAAGCAGUUUAGCAGUUCAAAGCAUUUCCAAACUCUGUCCUUGAUUACCCCACUCUAAGGUCUGGGAGUACGGGUCGUAUCUCCCAUCUACAGGUUGCGAAACUUGCAGUAUACAGUAUUUCUUCUGUGGUAUUAGCACAUAAGAAUGGAUGACAUGAUCAGUGUGGUUACAUUCAUACCAUUUUUAUUGUGCCAAAUCAUUUUAUUAAUCUCUCUUUUGGGAAAGAAAUUUCCAUAUAUUUUUGUUGUACAUGUCUGUUCCCUAUUUUGAGUAAUUGUUUAAGAUAGUGAAGAGAAUCAUUUACAGACUGACGUCUUUCACUGGCUCUAUUUAUUUGCUGUAUCUUCACUUGUGAAACAUUAACUGUUUUGAGGAUGGAUAAGAAAACAUGUGCUGUAAAUGUUUGUUUCCCUAAUGGCUUAAUGUCUUAUCACAGGCCAGUUGAGUCCCGGGCUAGGGGCAAUGACUUAUACUCCAGGGACAUUUAUGUCCAGUUUCUCCUGGGUGCCACAGACGUGCUAGCAUAGUUAAACACUAGUGACACCCAGUGUUAUAAAUGUGAAAGUACUGUUAUUUUCAAUAAUGUUUUCAUUAAAAUUAUGUGGAGGUGUUACAGUUCACUUAAACAUUCAAUAGACCACUAAUAGACAAAAUCCAAUCUUCAUUUACAUUGUAGUAUUGAUGACAAAAUGAAGUAAUGUUUAAAAGGGUCAUUAAACCUUUUUAUUUUCAAUGCAUUGAUAAUUGUAACUGUUAGGUACUGUAAACAUGUGAUUUUACAUAAUUUAUUGUAAUUUUUGUUACUUUUAUACAAUAUUUGUUAAACUUAUUCUGUUUUUCUUAAUCAAAAUGCUAAAUGCAUUGGCUGCCAAAUGGUAACGAGUAUUAUUGACUGGUUUAACAGGUUAAUACCACUGUAUGUGUUGAUAAUGUGCUAUUAAGAUAUGACUGGUCCAUAAUAUAAUACACCAUUUAAUCUCAAAACUGUGACUUAACUAUGUAACUACUACUGAUCUUUCUCAGCUAUAAUACCUGUAUGUCAUUAAAUCAAGAGCAAGGUG